AUGUGCGGCGAGGACCUGAAGCGCCACCAAGCCGACCUCAAGGUCCUCGACCAGUCGCGCCUGGGCGGCCUCUGCGACGCGGGCGGCGCGCUGUCGGGCCUCGGGGCGGCCCUGGGCGGCCCCGGGGACGGCGACAAGCCCUCCAAGCAGAAGCGCCACCGCACGCGGUUCACGCCUGCGCAGCUCAACGAGCUGGAGCGGAUUAAAGUUAGACAUCCAGACGCAGACCUAAGCUCAAAAUCCUCACAGUUUGUAGACAGUUUCCUGUUUCAGGGAACACCAGCCCAUCCAUGCAUAGAACUAAAGGUAUACGCCUUGCCAAAUAUAUGA